GCUUGCUCUUUCUUUCACUCAAUUAAAUCCGAGUGUGCGGUGUGGUACUUGUGCGAAAAAGUUAAUAUAAUUUAUUAAAAUGGCUUUCGGAGACGUUAAGACUACACAGGGGCUCGGCGAUUUGAACAAAUAUUUAGCUGAGAAAAGUUAUUUGUCUGGGUACACACCUUCUCAAGCUGAUGUUCAAGUGUUUGAGCAAGUCGGAAAGGCGCCGGCUGCUAACUUACCGCACGCUCUUCGUUGGUACAACCAAAUCGCUUCAUAUACCCCCGCCGAGCGCAAGGCAUGGGCUGCAGGAGUAAGCCCAUUAAAUGCUGGCGCUAAGCCAACAGCUGCCGCACCCGCAAAGAAAGAGGAAGAUGAUGAUGAUGUCGAUCUAUUCGGCUCAGGAGAUGAAGAAGAGGAUGCAGAAGCAGCAAAAAUCCGUGAAGAACGUUUGAAGGCAUAUGCUGAUAAGAAAUCUAAGAAACCAGCCCUUAUUGCUAAGUCAUCUAUAAUCCUUGAUGUAAAGCCAUGGGAUGAUGAAACAGACAUGGGUGAAAUGGAAAAACAAGUCCGCACAAUUGAAAUGGAUGGUCUAUUAUGGGGUGCUUCUAAACUUGUCCCAGUGGGUUAUGGAAUUAACAAAUUACAAAUCAUGUGUGUCAUUGAGGACGACAAAGUAUCUGUAGACCUUUUAACAGAAAAAAUUCAAGAUUUUGAAGACUUUGUCCAGUCUGUAGACAUUGCUGCCUUCAACAAAAUCUAAGUGAAGCCAUCUUAACUUAUAUCUUCAAUAAAAUACAUUUAUAUAAAAAAA